AUGGAUAAACAUUUAAUAAAUACAUUUCAUUUGGAAGCCAAUCCUAAUGAUCAAACACCACUUGAUAAAUUUAAAUUAUUUCGUAAUUUCGAUGUAUAUCUUUCUACAUUACAUGAUUAUGCAUCAAAACAUGAAUUAAAUGAAUUAGAACAAUAUUAUUAUAAGAUUGAAACCGAUCCACGUCGUAGAUUUUUUUAUAAUGUUAGUCAAACAUAUUUUGAUAAUUAUUUUCUUGCAAUAAAUUUUCUUCUAACAAAUCCUUAUGUUAUAACAACACCAACAUUUACUAAUCUUUAUAAUGAAAAAAAUUUAUUAAUCGAUAUUGCUGAUCAUAUUAUAGAACUUUAUAAAACACUUGAUGACAAAGCAUGCAAAUAUUUUAAUAAAUUUUUAUUAGAUAAAUUUAUUGCAAAUCUUGAUUUUAUUCCAUUACCAGAUGAUGUUACAGGAGAAGAAUACAAAAUAUAUUUUUCAUUAUUUAAACAAGCAACAAAUCGAUUAAAAACAUAUUUAAUUGAAUUAGUUAAAGAUCCAAAAUGGUUAGAACAUUCCGAAGAAGGUUUAUCACAAUUUGAACCAGAAAUUUAUCAAUUCUAUUUUGAAUAUAAUACAGGAUUAAAAAUAAAUUCUUCGAAUGAUUUUAUAAAAAUCAAACAAUGGGCACAAAAACAUUUAGAUCAUUUAAUGGAUGAAGUUAAUCAAAUAUGUGAUCGUCUUUUAACAAAUAAUGAAGAUAAAACAAAAUCUGUUUAUAAUAAAAUGAUUCUUGUUGGAAAAGAUUCAAGUCAACAAUGGUUAUCAAAACAAGAAAUGAUUGAUGCAUUUGAAGCAUGUAUAGCAAAAAAUCGACAUAUAUUUAUUAAUCAAUAUCAAUUUAAAGAAUUUAAUCCACCAGGUCUUAUUAUUCUUGAUAAUCCAUUACUUGCUAAAGGUUAUCAUGAUAAAGAUAAAUUUUUUUUAAAUGUUUGUAAUUGGAAAAAUGGUGAAUAUAAAUAUUCAGUUGAAAAUUUAACAUUACAUGAAUGUGUACCUGGUCAUCAUUUACAAUUCGAUAUAUCAUAUCAUUCACCAAAUAAUAAUUAUUUAACAACAGUUCUCAAUACACCAUGUAAAGGUUUUACAGAAGGUUGGGGUUUAUUUGCUGAACAUUUAGAUGAAUUAUUAGUAAAUAAUCCAUGGAUAUAUUUUGGUUAUUUACAAGCAAAUAUUUUACGUGUAUUUCGUAUUAUUGCUGAUAUUCAUUUACAUGUUGAAGGACAUACACCACAACAAGUUAUUCAAUUAGCAAAACAAUAUUUAACAGCAAGUGAAGAAUGGAUAACAAUGGAAGUUUAUCGUUAUAGAAUAUUACCUGGACAAGCAUGUUCAUAUAAAAUUGGUUUAGAAGUAUUUAAACGUAUUAUUAAAAAAAAAUUUAAUGUUGAUGAUAUUAAUGACUAUCUUCGACCGGAUCUUAUUGAAUGGUAUAAAGAUGUUUUAUGGAAAACAGAAAGACCAUUAGAUAUAUUAUUACGUGAGAACGGUAUAACAUGGUCAUUCGAUGAGUAA